UUGCAUGUCACACAAAGCAGUGAGGAUUUGAUCAAGGUUGAGUGUUAGUGACAAAAUAGGAGUAGAGGUAGAGGCUAUGCAAUAAUGUCUGAUGAUGUCUAUGCCAACCCCAGCCUCACCAAGAAAGUUAGAUUUCAGAUAGGCGAGAAGGAGGACGGAAAAGCAGACUUCUGCAAAAACACAGAUAAUGUGACGAUUUAUGACAACUACUGGCCAGAGGGAAGCACGCUGCCAGAAUUACAAGACAGCCCCACCAAGGAUCAAGAGCAAAUCAAUGGACCUUCAAUUAGGAGACACCUGAGGCUGACCACUGUCUGUCUUGUGCUGCUGUGUUUUCUCCUACUGGCAGCAGUCACCGCGAUCGCUGUCCUGGUGGUCUUUAUGAUUCAAGAUGAAAGCCUGAAGGCAAAUUACAACGAAAUGAAAAGUAUCAAUGCCAACUUGACCGUGGAGAGAGAUGAACUUCAGACAAAUAACAGUGAAAUGAAAAGUAUCAAUGCCAACUUGACCGCGGAGAGAGAUGAACUUCAGACAAAUAACAGUGAAAUGAAAAGUAUCAAUGCCAACUUGACCGCGGAGAGAGACCAAUUACAAAAGCAGAUUGAGAGAAUAACCUGUCCUGCUGACUGGAAGAAGGUUGGAAGUGGCUGUUUUUUUAUCUCGCCUUUAAAGACAAUCCGUGACAGCAAGAAGUUCUGUGAGAGUCAUGAUGCGCAGCUGCUGACUGAAUCCAGCCUUACAGAACAGACAGAUUUGAACGCAGACAUUCAGUCUAUCUGGACAUUUUUAGAAAGACGGCAACGGAAGAAGGUAACAAAAUUGGUCAAGGGAACGGUGAUCGGCCAAGUAAGAAGAAAAAUGAUGUCGCAGCAUGUGUACAAUGAGGCGGACGUCAUCGAGAAGGUUCACUUUGAUGAGGAUGACAAGGGGAGUAAACUGCAUAUCUAUGUCAGUGCAGAGAGCCUGAGAAUAUAUGACAAUCCCUGGGUGGAGAGCAUGUCAUCAGCUAUACCAGGACCUGCAGAGAUACGCCACAAAGCAAUGUCUGUGAUGAGUGAAACCCCAAGAAAAAGGAACCAUGAUAGAUGUUGUUCUGUGGCUCUGGGGGCAGUGUGUCUUCUCCUCCUGGCUGGAAUCAUUGGCAUCGGAGUCCAAAUGAAUAAAGACAAAACCAAGUGGGACACAGAUAGAGACCAGUUAUUGGCAGUUUACGCUGAUCUGCAGAAAACAACAGACCAACUAAACUCCACUUACACUGACCUCAGAUAUUUACUGUGGAAGAAGUUUUGUCAACCAAAGCCCAGGAAAUGUAGGAAACUUGGUCUGACCUUCCCUGAUAAUCAAGACAAGGAAUGAGUGGCUGGAACUACAUUAACAUCAGAGUGGAAACAAAUUAAAUUUUUUUUAAUGAUUUCUUCACUGCAUCCUAAAAAGAAAGAAAAGUGAUUGAUAGGAUAAACAUUUAUUUAAUAAUUCAACAAAGGAAAAUGUAUGACUUAAAUCAAUGAUUCAAUUUUAACACAUUUAUCUCUGAAUAUUAGUAAACAUGUUAAGUUAUUUUUGGUUGAUGUGGAAUGUUGCUUUUUGUGGAAUUAAGAACAAAUGACAAGAAAAUGCAUUCACUAGUUUUAAACACUUGAAAGGACUCACUAUCCAAAAAAUAUUCCUAAAAAAAUGUUUAUGAAACCUUAAUUUCUCAUCUUCCUUUAUUAAAACCUAUUUUGAAAAUA